AUGUAUGGGGCCUCCUACCCGAUGCAACUUACUGUGCAGGAUGCAUCGGUCUCACCCCACCAGCAGCAGCAACAGCAGCAGCAGCAGGAGCAAGCGCAGAAGAGUGGGCAAGCGGGUUGCUGGCAGGCACAGCCCUCCUGCCCGCUGUCCCCUUUCGAUCUCAUGCUGAGGAAUGACACCAGCGGCGGCAUGCGCUCAGGGGCUUCGCCGUUCGAUUUCCCCAUGGCCUUUUCGGCCGCGCCCCCAGCGAUGCCCCCAUCGAUGCCCUCCUUUGGCCACGGGGGAAUGAUGGGGCCGGGCCCCAUGAUGAGCAUCGGCCGGUCGCCCUUUGACAUCCCUAACGGCCGCGUGCAGCAGCUGUUGGCCAAUUCCAACAUCAAUAGCUCCCUCGGCCGGCCCCCGCCCUCCCCCUUCGACCUCCCCCCUAGCGGCCGCGGCCCGGGCAGAUCCCCCUUCGACAUGGCUCUAGCGCAAAAGGCAUCGCAGACGACGACGUCGAGCGGCAGCGGCGGCCGGGGGGGCCUGCCGUUUCCGGACGCGCGGUCGAUGGAGCGCAGCUUGGGCAGCGAGGGCAGCCCGGGCACGAGCCUGGCGCCGGACGGCGGCGACGACCUGAUUGGCGUAUCGCAGCCCAACCCCGAGAAGCACCAGCAGCUCUUCGUGCGCUACAGCGGCCUCAGCGAAGGCAAGGCGCCAGCCCCAGUGCCGGAUGGGGAAAAAUUUGCCCACGCGAUGCCGGAGUGGCGGGGGAAGGACAGCUUCGCGGCGGAGGCGGCGUCGUUCGGGGAGAUUGACCUGCGCGCGCGCGCCGAGAACAUGCCGGUAGCGCUGUCCAUGCGCGUCGUGGCCGCGCCGGCCUCUUUCGCGCUGCCCAUGGUGCAGCGCAAGGUCUUCAAGCCCCCCUUUACGAUACGGGUGGAGGUGCAGUACCGGCAGCCGCUGAGCCUGCCGGUCACGGUGGAGGUGCAUGCAAUUAAUGAUGCGGCGCACAGCAAGGUGGCCACCUGGCUGCCCGAGGCCGAUAAGAUGCAGGCUGAGCUGGAGGGCAACCGCAUCUCCCGUACCCUCAACGUGUCGGGCGGCGCGGCGUAUGGUAACGGGCUGGGCCUGGAUCUGGGCGGCAAGCAGACGGGGGAGCACCUGCACCUGGAGGACUUCAAGUUCACCGACCUCAAGUGGGCCAAGUCCUCGCGCAUGUCCAAGCGCUGGCUCGUCUUCUCCCUCCGCGUCAAGGACGACGUGGUGUACUUGCUGUACCAGCUUCCAACGGUGGUCAUCUCGCGGCGCACAGACCAGUACAGCAAGGCGCACGAGAUCCUCACCGGCGUGUCGGCCAACGCGGCCAAGCGGCCGCGCACGGCGCCGGCGUUCCCUCCGCACGCCGCCUCCGUGCCGCCGCCGGUCUCCGGCGAGAUGUCGCUCGACCGGCCGUCGCGCCUCGCGCAUGCGUCAUCCGCCCCCGAAGGCGCGCGGCGCGCUCUGAUGGACGCGGCUGCUGGGCCGCCUGUGGUGGACGCCCCCUACAUCCGCCACUGGAUACACUACCGCUACCAGGCCUGCGGCUUCCAGCGAUACCUGUCUGACUCGGACAUGAAGGCGUUGCUGCAGCAGGCGGGGACGCACUCCGGCGGCAGUCAAGUGGAUCCGCUGUGCUGGGAGAACUUCAGGACCUGGUUCUCACGCGGCCUCAAGACUCUGCACCAGUGCGCGCGGGUGUGGAACAUGAUGAAGCCGCACGCGAUCUGCGGCUUUGCGGUGUCGCGCGCGGCGGCCGAGGCGCUGCUUGCGGAGCAGCCGCUCGGAAGCUUCCUUGUGCGCCUGUGCUCCGAGCCGGGUGCCUUCGCCAUCAGCUGCUGCAUGGAGGGCCCCGACAGCCGCCCCUACGUGGACCAUCUUCUCAUCGACGCUGUGGAUCUCCAGGGCCGCACCCUGGAGCACUGGGUGCACGCGCACCAGUUUGCCACGCAGCUGCUCGACCCGCUCUCGGACAAAGUGUACCCGAAGGCGGUGAUCUUCCAGCCGCAGAAUCUGAUGGGGGCCGGCAGCAUGAGCGUCGGCGCGGCGGCCCCGGCCGGGGGCGCGGUCCCGGCCGUGGCCGCCAUGCCGCCACCGCCGGCGCCGCCGCCACAAUUGCCGAGCCAGGCAACGCCGUCGAACCUGUCCCUGGACCACCUGCUCAUGCUGGCCAACUUGACCAACUCCGCCGCUGACUGGACUACACCUGCUCUCAACUCUGCAGGCAUGCCCUGCAACCACAUCAGCGUGCCGGACAUCCCAGAACGUGAGCUGUCCCUUGACGUCCUGGGAAAUCUUGACAUGUGCCGGCUGGAGUCUAUGGGGGGCCAGCGGCUGGGCUCUGUGGGAAAUUCGCCCUCUCUGGGCAGGUUUGGCGGGCAGCGGCUAGAAUCCCUGGGCAACCUGGAGUCUCUGGGGAAGUUGGAGAGCUUUGGGCAGCGCCUGGAGUCGUUUGGCCGCGCUGACAUGUCAUCCAACAGCCUCGACGGCAUCAGCCGGCAGCUGCUCGGCUCCCUCGGCAGCCUCCCAGAGAACGAUCCCGCCAUCAAGGAGAUGCUUGCGCAGGCGGCCGCGCAGCCCGAGAGCUCCUCCACAGCGCAAGGGCAAGCACAGCUGCCAACCAACAUGGAUCUGCUGAACGUAUGGGGCUCCCUGUCGGACAUGACCCAUCUGCAGCAGCGCACCGGCGACUUUGGUGGCGAUGCAGACGCUCUGCAGCUGCUGCGGCAGGUGGGAGGUGAGUAUGGCAGGGGCGGCUUUAGCUUUGGCGGCCAGGGCAGCAUGCGUCAGGAGGAUGCAGAGAUGAUUGACGCGCAGCAGCCGUCCGGAGACCAAUACCAAACAGACCCCAGGUUUGGGCUGAAGCAGCCUCAGAUGGGGGGAAUGAGGAACGGGCGAGCGCAGACACUGCAGCAGCAGCAGCUAGCUUUUGGGGGCGGCCCCGAUGCCUUCUGGGACCCAAUUUCAGAGCCCCAGGCCUUCCACUUCACGCCUGGGUUCCCUGGCAGUAGCCACAGCCACCAACAGCAGCAGCAGCAGCAGCACAGGCAGGAGCCCUGA